AUGCGUGCAUCGAUUCUGUACCACUGUUCCUUCGAACCCCCGAUAGAUUUCGACAGAUUUUCAUCGUGGAAUCGAAUGCUGCGAGCGAUAGCAUACGUCUUGAGAUUCCUGAACAACUCGAAUAAGAAGCGAUCAUUGCGCACUGGGCAGCUAUCCCAAACAGAACUCCAAUUAGCGGAAGUAACACUCUUCAAAGCGGUGCAGCGUGAAACAUACCCUGACGAGAUCACGGCGUUAUGCAACAAGGCACCGAACGAGAGCGGGCAGGAGGUCAUAGGAAAACAUAGCUCGAUCUUCCAGCUGUUGCCGAUGCUGGACAACAGCGGUCUGCUGCGCGAGCGUGGACGGAUCGGGUCAGCUGAAGAUAUACCGUUUAAUGUACGCUAUCCGAUUAUCCUUCCUAGGAACCACCGAGCUACCGAGCUGCUGGUGUUAGAUUAUCACCAACGUUGCCAGCAUGGGAAUUCUGAGACGGUGAAGCGGUGGAUUGCAUUAUUCACUUGCCUAACAGUACGUGCUGUUCACUUGGAAGUAGCGUAUACAUUAUCAACCGAGUCCUGCAUAUCCUGCGUUCGCCGAUUCGUUGGCCGCCGAGGACCGCCCGCCGAGUUCUUCAGCGACAACGGGACAAAUUUCCAAGGGGCGGAUCGAGUGCUGCGACAUCAAAUUAGUCAGGGACUGUCUACAACGUUCACCGGUACCAACACCAAAUGGAACUUUAUUCCGCCAGGAGCACCCCACAUGGGCGGAGCGUGGGAGCGCUUAGUUCAGUCGGUGAAGGCAGCCAUGCAAGAAGCAUAUUCGGAGGGAAAGCUAAACGACGAGGGGCUGCAGACGCUGGUCGUGGAGGCUGAAAGAUUGGUCAACUCAAGGCCUCUGACGUAUUUGCCACUAGAAGCUGAGGAAUCAGAGGCGAUCACGCCCAAUCACUUUUUGCUGCUUAGCUCUAACGGAUUGAAACCUCAUAGUGGGGAAAACGAUGCUUCAGAACACGGACACUAUCCCGAGUUGGUCCGUCGGGAAAUACUUGGAAGAACAUGGGAGCUGAUUCAACGCCAGCUGGAUGUAUUCUGGAAGCGCUGGUUGGUUGAAUACCUGCCGGUGAUUCGUCGGCAUCCAAAGUGGUUCGAGGAAACUCGAAUGCUACGAGCAGGAGACUUGGUCAUGGUAGCUGAGCCGACAAAGCGAAAUGGAUGGGAGCGUGGACGGGUCGUCCGUACUGUCCCAAGUCCGGACGGCCGACAUCGACGAGCGUUUGUGCAGAUAGGGAGGAAAACUCUGCUGAGACCGGUGUCACGGUUAGCCCUCCUCGACCUGAGAAGUAGCAGUGAAGCUCCGGACAUUCCCGGACUACACCCGGGGGAGACUGUCGAUGCAGGAAAGGACGAGCUGGUAACCCUAUACACCGAUGAAGGGGCAACAGACGUCAAUGGGGUCAGAUGUCUACGUUGACGUCUGUCAUAGUAGAAGAUCAUUUCCGCUGAACACGUUGCUCAUUCUUAUCGAACCAUUGUGAAAGGUAGACCAUAAGUGCACACUGAAGAUACCGAUAUCGAAGUAAAUCUAUUGAAUUUGUGACAAAGUUAAUACUCAAAAGGUAGUGAAAAUUUAUCAUUUUAAUGUCCAUUUCUAAUAAUUUGUGAAUUCGUAGAGUGUAGUUGGGGAAAGUUAUACAUCCAGUAGCUGAAUUGCAGUUCUUAGUUCCAGAAAUUGAGCUCGCGUCCCAGUGAAGUGGCCCAAUCCGUCCGUUGUCGAAGUAGCUGAAAAGAGAAGAUACCUGAAAAGAAACCUGAAAAGAAAAGUAAAUUAAAAUUAAUUAAAAGUUUAACAGUAUAACAAAUAAUAUUUAACAGUAUUCUGCAGUUUUCGGUGCUGGGAAUCGACACGUGGGGUGAGCGAGCUAAGGCCCACCGAAUUGUAAGCCAUUACAAGAUAUUCAUUUGUAUUUGGGGUUAAGUGUACUUACCAUUUUGUUUAAUUUUUAGUUGAAGCUUACAUAAUACAUAGUUCGCUGUCAAAACGGAACGCUUUUCUUCGCACCCCGCCCCCUCGACAACAAGUCUAAGAAACAGGUCUUGGACUGUUUCAAGGCAUACACUGAAAACCAAUCCAGCAAUCGCAUCAAGAGAUCAGGUAUCAGAAGGCCGGCUCCAGAGGCACGUUAUCCUUUAUUUGAGACAUUUGUGCCAUCGCCAAAAUAAUAGCCUAUUUCAUCAUCUACCUGAAAGAAAAGGAAGGAAAUAAGGAUAAGGAUAGGGAUAAGGACAGGUAGGGAAACAGGAAAAAUACCCUGGAAGAGGGUACUACCGCAUAAGCGUACCACAAUGGGUUCAAACAGCGCCCUGAAAAGGGCACUGUAAUAACGUAUAAAGCGAAAGAGAGCCGAGCUGUACCACAGCGG